AUGUCGACCAAGGAGUUUAAGGAGGAGAUCCAUACUUCUACCUCUGAGUUUACCAAAUAUGACUCUCAAAAGCCGUAUUAUAGUUCCGGCGAGUCUCCGGAACCAGUCGUUACCAAGAGAAAUAUAUUCCAAAGAUGUGUCGAUUCUUUCAAGCCACCAGUGGAUGGUUCCUUCGAUACUAGUAACUUAAAGAGAACACUGAAGUCUAGGCACCUGAUUAUGAUCGCCAUCGGUGGUAGUAUAGGUACUGGUUUGUUCAUUGGUAGUGGUCAAGCGUUGGCCACAGGUGGCCCACUAGCAGUUAUCAUCGGUUGGACUAUUGCGGGAUCUCAGAUUGUCGGUACCAUACAUGGUCUUGGUGAAAUAACUGUGCGAUUCCCUGUUGUUGGUGCAUUUGCAGACUACAGUACCAGAUUCCUUGAUCCAAGUAUCAGUUUUGUGGUUUCUACGAUUUAUGUGAUACAAUGGUUCUUUGUCUUACCCUUGGAAAUUAUUGCCUCAGCUAUUACCAUACAAUAUUGGAACUCUUCUAUUGAUCCCGUGGUCUGGGUCGCAAUUUUUUAUGGUGUCAUUGUUAGUAUCAAUCUUUUCGGUGCCAGAGGGUUUGGUGAAGCCGAAUUUGUCUUCUCUACCAUUAAGGCUAUCACAAUCUGUGGAUUCAUUAUUCUAUGUAUUGUGCUAAUUUGUGGUGGUGGUCCAGACCAUGAAUUCAUUGGUGCCAAGUACUGGCAUGAUCCAGGUGCUUUGGCACAUGGAUUCCCUGGUGUCUUGUCUGUGCUUGUUGUUGCAUCUUACUCCCUAGGUGGUACGGAGAUGACUUGCCUAGCUUCGGGUGAGACUGAUCCAAAGGAAUUGCCAAGUGCCAUCAAACAAGUGUUCUGGCGUAUAUUAUUUUUCUUUCUAGCUUCAUUAACCCUAGUCGGAUUUUUAGUCCCAUACACAAAUGAAAAUCUUUUAGGUGGUUCUUCCGUUGAUAACUCUCCAUUUGUUAUCGCUAUCAAGCUACAUCACAUCAAAGCUCUACCAUCGAUAGUUAAUGCUGUUAUUUUGAUCAGCAUCCUAAGUGUCGGUAAUUCAUGUAUUUUUGCUUCUAGUAGAACUCUUUGUUCCAUGGCACACCAAGGAUUGAUUCCUAGAUUUUUUGGUUACAUUGACAGAGCCGGGAGACCUCUAGCUGGUAUUGUUACCAACUCUCUAUUCGGUCUACUGGCAUUUUUGGUCAAGUCAAGCUCUGUCAGUGAGGUGUUUGACUGGUUAAUGGCAAUUGCCGGUCUAGCGACUUGUAUUGUCUGGCUAAGUAUCAAUCUAUCACACAUCAGGUUCAGACUGGCAAUGAAAGCACAAAAUAAAACUCUUGAUGAACUUGAGUUUGUCAGCGCCGUUGGUAUUUGGGGUUCAGCUUACUCCGCACUUAUCAAUGUCCUGAUUUUAAUCGCACAAUUUUACAUUUCCUUGUGGCCAAUUGGAGGGUGGACUGAUAGUAGUCAAAGAGCAAAGAAAUUUUUUCAAAGUUAUUUAUGUGCUUUGAUUAUGCUUCUAAUCUUCUGUAUUCACAAAGUAUAUUAUAGAGUAAGCUUUGGUAAAUGGUGGGACGUAAAACCAUUAAAAGAUAUCGAUUUAGAAACUGGUCGUAAGAAUGUUGAUAUCGACGUUAUAAAAGCUGAGAUCGCCGAAAGAAAGAUGUACUUGAAGAAGAAACCAUGGAUUGUUAGAUGGUACCAUUUCUGGUGCUGA